AUGGUUGAAUUGUUCCAGAUUCUACCAGAAAAUCAAUCCAAAUUUCUCAAUGCAUUCAUGUUGAUUGGUCAACAGCAGAAACCAAAAGAUUUGUCCAAGUUAAUUUCAGAUAAAUACAAAUUACUUUUAAUUUUGUUGAAUAUUGUUGGAUUAUCAAUAAUAUGUGUUGUUUUUGUUGUUGUUUGUUGUGAUUGCAAACCGAAGAAGAAAAAGAAGAAAAGUUCUACGUCUGAUUCAGAUUCUGACUCAUCAGAUUCGAUUCCUGAUGAAAGAACUGCUAAGUUUGCCAUAUCCUCAUUAAGCAACAACGUUGAGGCGCUUCAUACUUGUGACAGUCCUUUAGUUAAAUCUUCUGUUGUAAGUAACGCCACAGAUGAUAAUGUUUCAUACGAAGUUGCUAUGGAUUCAAAUCUUCCUGAACCAACAAAGAUGUUGUCUGUAGAAGAUAUUAAUGAAUAA